AUGGGAAAUUUGUAAAAUAAAUAUGAUGUUUUACCAUUAUAAUAUAUGUAAAUGAUUUUAUAAGAAGAGGAAAUUUAUGAAUGCUUUAGUGGUGGUGGACUAUAUGACUAAAAAUGUAAUGGAAUGAAAAUUGGGAAGAGGAUUGAAUUGGAUAAAGGAUUUUAUAAUGGGAAAUAAAUAACUCAUAUUGGUGAGUAUAAAACUGGUAAAAAAUUUGAUAUAUGGGAUAUUUGGUGUAUUAAGUAGUAUAUUCAUUUGAGGGGGAGGAUCAUAUGA